AUGGGUUUGCUUCUUGGAUAUGCGUAUCCUGCAUUUGAAUGCUAUAAAACUGUGGAGAAGAACAAAGUUGGGAUCGAGGAACUCAGAUUUUGGCGUCAAUAUUGGAUCCUCAUGGCGUUUCUGAUGGUAUUCGAGUGGAGUGGGGAAGUGUUUAUCUCAUGGUUUCCAAUGUAUGGCGAGAUGAAGGUUGCAAUGUUAGUCUACCUAUGGCAUCCUAAGACAAUGGGUACGGGUUAUGUAUAUGAUACCUUGCUUCGACCUUUCAUGGCAAGACACGAAACAGAAGUGGAUAGAAAGAUACAGGAGAUCAAAGCUAGAAUAUGGGACUUCAUUUGGAAAUACUGCCAACAUUUUGCAGUUAUGGGGCAGGGAAAAUUCAUUGAAAUGCUUCAGUACAAGGCAACCCAAUCAUUAAAGUUUAAACAAGCCAAUCAGAAACCUGAUGAGCAAGUUUCACCAUACACUCCAAAUGGUUACCGUGGUCAAUCUGAUUCAAGCAAUGAUUCACCUCGUAGAAGAACUCGUCCGGUUCAAACCUGA